AUGCAAAUAGAUAUUCCAUUAAUCGAUGCCCAUCUCAACAACUACAGUAUUUUUGCUCUCGGGCUUGUGUUCACACCGAUGUUCUACUUCUUUGCGCCUAGUGUUUGGAAAUUUCUCUUCGGAUCUGGUGGAGUUAUUCAGGAGUCGAUUUAUUUGAUGUUCCCAUCACUUUCCGUUCCUUACACCCAUUUGGCUGGGAAAAUCGCGAACAUUCAAUUGCCUGUCUUCAUUCGUUCAUUCAUUUACUCGAUUUAUAUUUGGUAUCAUGGAAUCAACAUGAAAGAAGCAGCUAAUGAAGAUUUAAAGUCAUACAAGAGCUUGCAAGCGCUUUUCACUCGUCCACUAAAACCGGGAAUGCGACCGAUCGAUGAUUGCACUUUGGUAUCACCCGUCGAUGGAGUGGUGAUUGAGUUUGGAGAGAUCAGUGAUGAUCGAAAAAUUCAACAAAUUAAGAGUCACACUUAUGAGUUCGAAGAAUUCUUGGGCCCUAUUGAUCCAAAACACAAGGCAAACAACAAACUCUACGAAGUCGUGAUCUAUCUCCGAGCCACCGAUUACCACUGUUAUCACUCACCAACAAAAUGGGAAACGCAUACUAAAGUUGAGCAUGCAGGUCACAUUCUUCCAUUUAAACUUCAUAAAUUCAUUCCUCAAUGGUUUUCUAUUAAUGCCCGUGUCGCAUUGAUCGGAAAAUGGAAAUAUGGUUUCUUUUCGAUGACUCCGGUGGCUGCUACAACUGUUGGAGAUAUUCAUAUCAAUCCGGAAUUCGAGAGAACACCACCAAAAAAGCUUGAAAGCAAACACGAUCACUAUGCCAAAUACACAAUGUAUGAACAAGUGCUCUCCUAUAAACCCGGUGAUAAAGUUGGACAUUUUGAGGCUGGAUCCGAGUGUGUUUUGAUCUUCGAAGCACCACCACAUCUCAAAUUUGAUGUCAAAAAGGGCCAAUUGAUCCACUAUGGAAAUCGGCUUCUUUCUGUUGAUCCUGAAAGUCCAGACGAUUCUGAAAUGAUUGUUUCGAGCAAAUUCGACGAUUUCAAUCCCUACCGAGCGCUCGAUGCGGAA